CGCGCUGAUGCGUGUGGAAGUUUCUCACUUUCUUGUCUGUCUGAGGGAAGAGAGAGAAUGACGUCCAGUACAAGACUCCGAGGCUUGGAGCAAUAGCCAUAACUAUCAUCUUUCAAGGUUAGAAAAACUUCAUCGUCUGCCUGCCCGUAGAAAAAAGGGACAAAAGAACAGAAAAAAGCCAACUUUGACGCCUUAUUUGUUUGGGUUCUUCCUCUCUAUUUCACAUCCGGGCUAGUGUUAGCUAUCGGUUUCAGUUGAGGUAGUAUGUAUGGAAGCAACAACAUUGCAAGUGCAAGCUCUAGCUCCAGUUUGAACAGCAGCUUCCAGGAUACAGAGGAUGACCAAACCAUUGCAAGCAUCUUGGCAGAGGAAGAACAAUCAAAACUGGAUGGCAGGCUUGGGAAGAGGCUCUCCCAUUUGGAUUCCAUCCCUCAUACCCCCCGGGUUAAUGGGGAGAUUCCUGAUGUAAAUGAUGCAACCUUGGACCAUGAGCGGCUGUCUGAAAGGUUGGUCACAUAUGGGUUAGCUGAACUGCAGAUGGAGGGUGACGGGAAUUGCCAGUUUCGAGCUUUAGCAGACCAGUUGUUUCGCAAUCCUGACUAUCACAAGCAUGUAAGAAAGCACAUCAUCAAGCAGCUAAAGCAUUACAGAAAAUUAUAUGAAGGUUAUGUCCCAAUGGAGUACAAAAGCUACCUAAAGAAGAUGAAAAAAUCGGGUGAAUGGGGAGAUCACGUAACUCUACAAGCAGCUGCGGAUCGAUUUGGAGCCAAAAUCUCUUUACUGACGUCUUUCCGAGACACUUGUUAUGUUGAAAUCCUCCCCAAAGACCAGAAUCCCACUAAAGAACUCUGGCUGAGCUUUUGGAGUGAAGUGCACUACAAUUCAUUAUACGGAAGUGGAGAUGUUCCCACCAGGGUAGCCAAAAAAAAACAUUGGCUUUUCUAGAAUUAAAGCAUCGUUCUGGCCAGCGAUUACUGACUCAGCGGACAUGUACCUCGAUGUCGUUACACAUGAUCCUCGGAUGGAACCUUAAUUUUUUAUGUAUGCAGGCUUUUAUAUUUCAGUUUUAUUUUUUUCGAAAAUUAUUUUGUGUGUAAAUAUGCAUUAAAAUUUGAUUCUGCAGUUACUUGGUUUCCAAACUUCUAAUGCACAGAACAGAAAAUUAAAGACUUUGAUGAUCA